AUGGAGUCACCACGCCAAGGAGUUGAAGAUACAAAUGAUCCACUUGGCACGGUAAGUCCACUUAAAGUUAGUUCAUCUACGGAUGCUCUCGCAGUCAUUGAUGACAUAGAAGAUAUGAUAAAUAACAAAACAGAUUGGGAAGUACGAUGUCAAGGGCUUAAAAACGCGAUGAUGUAUUUGAAAGGCAAUAUCAAUCAAUUUCCUGGAUGUGAUUUUACCAUAUUAUCAACAGGAAUCGCAGACUGCAUUUUAGAUAGUCGUUCAACUCUCGUGAGGUGGGCAACUUUACUUGUUUCAGCAUGUGCAAUGCAACUAAAGUCAGGAUUUGCUAAUUCUUCCGAUAUUUUAAUUCAGAAUCUUUUCAAACAAGUUCCAAACGGGACUCAAUACAUUUCUAAGUCGUGUUCUGCUGCUUUAAAGUACAUAUAUACUUAUGUUACACAUCGUAGAGUAGCUAGAUCUUUCUUAACUGCAGCUUCGAAUAAAUCUCCAGCUUCCAGAGUAAUUGUAGUGCAAGCAAUUGAAUGCUUUGCAAAUAACUGGCCAAUUAAAAUCGUUGUAGGCCUAAAACAGAAUAUAGAUCACGUUCUUAACCAUAUGGUAAACGAUUCUUGUUUCGAAGUUAGAAAAAUCGCUUCAAGAGUUACAGUUCCUUCAUCAGUAAGUCCGCCUACAUCACCGCGAUCUCCUAGUUUAAAGAAUACUAAGAAAAUAGAAGAAAAACCUAAGAAAGGAAUACUUAAGACGCCGAAUCGAGCACCGUCAGCAUCUCCAUCGAAAAUACCGAUCAAACUACGUUCAUCUCCAAGUUCUCCAAUGGAAAGAAAAAAGAAUCAUCGCGUUUCUUUCGCAAAAACAACAGAUGAGAUAAUAAUAGACGAAUUUCGUGAUACUAGUAAUAAAAAGCAAUCUAAUUCCUUCGAAUUACAACAAAAAGAAGAAAAUAAAAUUCCAGAAACUACAAUUGACGAAUUAAUGCCUCCAACAUCAGUUAAAAUUACCUUAAAAUUCCUCAACAUGCUCGAUGAUAUUAUACAAUGUGAUCAAAUCGAUAAACUCGACGGAUUAGAAGAAUUAUUACCUGAAUCCAUCAUUAUUGGCUCCAGAUACGUUGCUGAUUUUGCUAAAUGGAGAUAUUCAUUGGAGUUCCUCAUACCUAAGUUCUCUCAAGAGUUCAAAGACAAAAUUCUUGAAAUAUUAAGCACUUUUUUCUUUGAUUCCCUCCUUUUGGAGAUAGUAGAUGAGGUAUACAAGAUCAAUACUAUUGCGAAAAUGUAUUUAGAAGCUCCAAGAAGCUUCACAAACGAUGCGAUUCAAUUCUUCUACCAAUGCUCAAUAAAAUUCCCAGAUUACGUACCAGAAAUCCAAGUAGUACAGUAUUUGAAGUCGAUUUCGGAGAAUAUUCCUCAAAAAUAUUACGAAAAUUUGCAUAAAUUGAUACAACUUGGAACUCCUGCUUCAAACAACAAAGAACCAUUGAUACAAUACAUUAAGACACUUUUAGACAACGAAUUACUUGAUUUUGAGAGCCAAAAAAAUUUACUUCAAAUUUAUAAUUUGACUCCAUCGGAAUUGACCGAUUUUGAGAGGGAUCUGGCCAUUCUGUGGGAAGAUAUCGUUGCGCAAGGAAAAAACAAACUUAUUGACAAUUUUACGAAAUUUUUAGUUUCUGUUGUUCCGAAACUGGAUGUAAUGUCAUUUGCUGGGUUUGUUGAUCCGCUUUUCAUACUUAUUUCCAGCGAAUCUCCUUUAAAUCAAAAGAAAUUUAUUGAAUUAUUGACAGAAUUCGUCGGAAACGAAGAAACACUGAACUGCAUAUUAAGUAUAGUUGAUAGCCAUAUCAAAAAAGAGAAUCUUGAAUCAGGAAAUUUGAAUAUCAUAAUUAAUUCAAUUUUUGAAUACAUAAAUAGUCAUUCUGACGAUAAAACUGAUGAAUUGAUAACUGUUAUAUCACCGCGGAUUACUCCUCUUCUCAAAUCUUCUUCUACUUCAAUAAGAAGGUACACUAUCAGUAUUUUUAGUGCUUUUUAUAAGGCGAAUUAUGCUUUGUUUGAACCUUAUUUUAAAUCUCUUGCUCCAGCACAGCAGAGAUUAAUUGUUAUGUAUGCUAAAAAAUAA